GGGCUGCUUUCAGGUUUCGGGGGCUGCCCCUGCUCGGGGCCCAGUCCUUCUCCAAGGCCGGAGGCUGCCCUGCAGAGCUCUUGAGGUCAGGGCUGGCUCCUGGACGAGGGGGCUUGAUGGGAUCCUGGGAGGCCCAGGUGCAGGCAGAGGGGUGAGGGACGGUAAGCAAUGGUAGGACUGGAGACACUGAACUGGCCAUGCUUGAUGGAGUCUCAGGGGGCCAGGGAUUCAACAGAGGCUGGAGACAGUCCCCCUGUGCCAGGGGCUGUGUGUGAGCAGUUGCGGGGGCCACAGAGGGGUACAGUCAGGGUCACCGCUUGGGGGUGGCCGGUGGCAGAGGCCCAGAUGUCGGGCAUAGGGUGCCCUGGAGGGACCCCCAGGCUCCAGGCAAAGCCUGGUGAAGGUGGUUGUUGGCAGGCCACGUUCUUGUUGGGUUGCCACAUGGAACCACACCGUGGACCCCAUAGGCCACCCAGCCAUCAGGGCAGCAUGGGCCCCCUCACCCCUGGGAUACCAGGGUCCCUUUGGACGUCCCUCUCAGCCUGGGCCUGGCCUCCUGUGUGCACUGCUGUCCUGGCCCAGCUGCUCUGGUCCGGUUCUCCUUCGCAUGCACACGCAUGGCAGGCUUGCUGCCCAGUCACCCUGUGCGGGUUCCUACUGGUCUGGUUGGGGUUUGAGGUGAGACAGGAAAGGGGGCAGGGCAGUGUGGUGAGUUUGUUCUAGAGCUGGAUGGCCCCUUCAUUUGGGGCUCCCAUCCUUGCCCGGCUGGAGCAUUCGAGCUGGUGACCGCUGUGGACAGGGCUUGUUCUCUAGCAGACAGGAAGUGACCACACUGGUUGGAACAGCUCUCCAUGAUGCGAACACCAGGGUUCAGCCAGCUGGAGGCAUUUGCUGAGGGGGCAGCAGGCCCCCCAUGCCUGGGGCAGCUCCGGGCUCGACAGUGCCAGCCUCAGGGGUGGGGGGCGGGGAGACUGGUGUCCAAGAGCCCGGCCUGGUACGACCACCAUCUCCUGUGGCCCACAGACCUGCACGUGGGCAUCACCAAGAGGCUGAAGACGGUGGAGGUACUGGAGGGCCAGAGCUGCAGCUUUGAGUGUGUCCUGUCCCACGAGAACACCGGCGAUGUGGCCACAUGGACAGUGGGUGGGAAGACGGCGGGUGGCUCGGGCCGCUUCCGGGCCACACGCCAGGGCCGCAAGUACACCCUGGCUGUCCAGGAUGCUGCUCCUAGUGACGCUGGGGAGGUGGUGUUCUCCGUGCGGGACCUCACCUCCAAGGCCUCCCUCAUUGUCCGAGAGAGGCCAGCGCAUAUCACGAAGCCUCUGGAAGGCCAGCGGGCUGCUGCGGGCGAGGAUGUGGUGCUGAGCUGCGAGCUGUCUCGGGCCGGCGCCCCGGUGCGCUGGCUGAGGGCUGGGAAGGCCAUUCGCGAGAGUCAGAAGUAUGACCUGGUCACAGAAGGCACUCGGGCCAUGCUGGUGGUCCGUGCGGUCUCACCCAAGGACUCAGGCGAAUACACGUGUGAGACAGAGGCUUCCAAGAGCACAGCGAGCCUCCUUGUGGAAGAAAAGGCAAACCGGUUCACAGAGGAGCUGGCCGAUCUGCAGGCAGAGGAGAAGGGCACGGCCGUGUUCGUGUGUAAGACAGAGCUUCCCGCAGCCACGGUGACCUGGCGCAAGGGCCUCGCGGACCUGCGUGCCUCAAGGAAGUACACCCCCAGCCAGGAGGGCCUGACCUUGAAGCUCACCAUCAGUGCCCUGGACAAGGCAGACGCUGACACCUACAGCUGUGACAUUGGCCAGGCCUGUUCACAGGCCCGGCUCCUGGUGCAAGGUGAGGCCUGGCGCCGUGCUGGCCUGCGCCGUGGUUAGCUGUGAGCUUUGUUUAAGGGGGCUUGGAGGCCCUCGGAGACCAGCCUCAGUUUCCCUAUCCGCGGGGUUUGGGCCUGGGUGGUCUCGUCUCUGAGACGCUGCUGGGGGCACCUGGUGUGAAUUCGUGCAGUCAUGUGCUGAGAGCCCUUUCUGUGUGCUGGCGUGAGCCUGGCCCCCACACGGGGGCUCCGCGGGGAUUGCGCACGGGG